GGGAGGCUCCGUUGUGCCGAGACUCCGAGUUGCGGCGGCUAAGGGAGCGUCUGUCAAUAGAGAGCCCCGGCGCCGCCGCAGCAGCUCCCGCGGGGCCGGCCGGCGCAUGGCGCGGUGCGGGCAGGGCGCCUCCCCGAGGGGCCCCGGAACGGCCGCGGCAGGAGGCGGCGGGAGGGGCGCGUGGGAGCGGCAGCGCCUGAAGGAGGCGGUGGCCGAGCAGCUCCGGCGGGACUUGGACAGGCUCCUGGCCGACGAAGCGGGCGCCGACGUGACGUUCCGCGUGGGGCCGGCGCGGUUCGGCGCGCACCGCGCGGUGCUGCUGGCCCGGGCCCCCGCUUUCUUCCUGGGCAGCGCGGGGAAGGCGCCGCGGCACCUCGGCCGCCACGAGACCGUGACGCUGCAGCGCUUCGAGCCCGCCGAGUUCCGCGCCUUCCUGCAGGUUAUUUAUUCAUCUGAUAAAAACAUUAAAGAGUUUGAGGAAGAGACUCUGAAGAAAAAAGUACUAAAACCCAGAAUAACCCAGGAAGAUGAAAGUACAUCUGAUAAUCUUCAGAACACUCGGAUGUUAGGUGCAAAUUGCCUUGGAAGUGAUGAAAGAGUGUCUGUUAAUCAGAGUUCUUUAAAUAGAGCUAUGGAAAGAGAAAUUAUGUAUUCAUCUUAUAUAGAAGAUGAAAUUCCAGAAGAAGCCAGUGAUGCUAAAGUCCAUGUCACCAUACCAGGUCAAUCUGAACUAGAAGCAGCAUCUGGUUUAGGAGAAGACUUAAUUACACUCUACAAGAAACGUUGUUGUCCAGAUAUUAAUAUUUGGAUAGAGGGUAAACUAUUUCAAGCUCACAGAGCUAUUUUAUGUGCCAGAUCUAGUUACUUUACUGCUAUGCUGAGUGGAAGUUGGGCUGAAAGCUCCCAAGAGCACAUUACUCUUCAAGGCAUAACCCAUGUAGAAAUGUGUGUCAUCUUGAAUUUUAUAUAUGGAGGAAUAUUUGAUCUUCCAAACAAAGCUGAUGCUGGUCGAAUACUGAGCAUUGCAGAUAUGUAUGGGCUAGAUGGGCUGAAAGAAGUAGCAAUCUAUGUUCUGAAAAGAGACUACUGCAACUUUUUUCAAAAGCCUAUUCCUGGAAGACUGCAACCUAUGCUAGAAUGUCUGGCUAUUGCUCAUUCUCUGGGAGUGGAAAGCCUUUAUGCUGGUUGCAUGAAAUGGAUAGGAAAACAUUUUGUAAAAUGCUGGUCAGACAGGAGCUUUGCCAGUUUACCUGCUGAGCUUCAGAACAAGUGUCUUACUAUGUUGAGUCAGUCUCUGAGCCACAAAAAUGCCGCUUUUCUUUUAAUGGAAAGUGAUCGGCUGCUCAGUAGUCUUCCCCAAGUGAAAUGGACUGAAACAGCUGUCGCAAUGGCAUCCAAGCUGCAAGAGGAAUGCCUAACAUUUAUUGUAACAAACUUUUUGCAGAUAAUACAAAGUGAAAGUUUUUACAUCUUCUUGCAGGCACAGGCAAUGAGCAGCAAACCUGAUCUCCUAGAACAAGUUUUUAAAGCAAUUGAAAAAAACAUUAAUAUUGAAAACAGCUGUUUUCUUAUGAUAGCUAUGGACACUUUAUUGAGCUCCACAAAUGUGAAGGAGAUGGGUUUUACGUGCAAGAUCCAGGUUCUGCGUGAUAAGCUGUGGAUAUUCCUAGUUCAGUCUUUUUAUGCUGUUCGUCACACAGAAAGCUGGAAGUUGAUGAAGCCAGACGACCAACAGAAAAUACAAGCAGCUGCUUUUGACAAAGGUGAUGAUCGAAGACUUGGCAAAAAACCUAUAUUCACUAGCUCACAGCUAAACAGAUGUGUCACUGACUCUGAUAUAAAGCAUACUUCUUGGAAAGUAAAAGGCAGGAGAGACUGUUUGGGUGAUACCUCCAUUGAUCAGGAUAAAAUGAAAUCUGAUGGAUUAGGAGCAUCUGGACACACAGCAAGUACCAACAGAAACACUGCUAAUAAACCCUCAAAACAUGAUGAACUAAAAGGAAAAGAUAGUAAAAAAGCAGUUUCCAAGGUUACAAAAGAUUCAAAACCUGGGGAAAAAGUUGCUUCACCGAAAGCUAGAGCUGUUAUUAAACCAAAACUAGAAAAUAAUGGAAAUGUGAAAGCUGAAAGCUUGGUUACCAAGCCAGAGUCUGAAAAGUCCUUGUCUGCAAGUGGACAAAAGAAUUCAGGAAGUGGAAAAGGAGUAAAAAAUCAGGAAGGAAAAAUUGCAGGUGCCAGACCUAAAGUGCUUGCUGGAAGUUCAAGUGUACAAAUCAAAACAAAGCCAUUGAAGAAGACCUCGGGGAAGGAAUCUCCCUCCCUAGUAACAGGGGCAGGAACUCCUAGCAAGUUAACAAACUCAAGCCCAGAUUUACAGAUUUCCAGUGAACAGACAGAUGAACCCAAGGAUAAAGCACUAAAUGAAGGGAAAAAACAUAAUGAUAAUAAGAGAUCCCCUACUGACUCGCCACAGGCAGGUUCUAGUCUGAAAAACAGUGUGGAAAGUUCCAGAAAUUCUACACCAGUGAAAACAAAGGCUGCUUUGAAGACAACUAAUGGAGCUACCAACAAGAAAAAAGUUAAUGAACCCGAGGCUAAUAUUUCAGCACAAAGUGUGACAAAGAAACCUACUGGAAAAGGAUGCAAUGAACAAAUCCCACAAGCUGUCCUGAAGAAAAAGGGGAAUGUGAAUGACAAUUCUGUAAUUCCACAGAAGGCACAGAAUGCAACAGCUAAUACUGAUAAAAUCCAAGGACCACAAGUAGAAUCGCCAAAUUCAUUGAAGUCUGCAAUGUCACCAAAACAAAAUGAAGAAAAAAAUGUGACACAUUCGGUUCAGACAACACUUUCAGAGAAACAGUCUUCAGCUAAGAAAAAGUGUGUUAAACAAUCACAAACACCUGCAGUUAAAGCCACUGCAAAAAUAAUAGUAACACCCAAAAAUCAGACCAGUUCAAAGAAAAGUGAGAUUAUAAACAAUAAAGACCCAAAACAAAAAAUAGUUACAGGACCACCUAUGUUAAAACCUCAGUCUUCUGCUCAAAGGCAUUCAAGAAGUGAAUCUCCUGUUGUCCAGAAGAGUGUGCAUGGUUCUGAACACAAAGGUUCAGGACAAAAACACGCACAGCAUACAUCUACAUCAGGGAUUCAGCCACAUGAUAAAAACAAAUACAGCCCUACAAAACAAAAUGAGAGUGUAACAUCCAUCCUGGAUGGUAAGAGAGGAGAUGCACUUGAUCCAAAGAAAUCAUUAGAUCCUCUUAAAAAUAUGGAAUACAAAACAGAAGCUAAACCUUCUUGUCCUCAAGUUAAAGGUAUCCCUAAACUGAAUGUUUCACAGCAAAAUGAAAUGGAAACAAAACAUGUUUUUUUAGACAAGGCUCAAAUUGCAUAUUCUGUAGAUAAAGAUGAUUAUAAUGCUAUUGAAUUUAAUUGCCAUAUAAAGCCUGUGAAUACUGCAUGCUCAGAUAUCUGUAAAAAUACUGACCAGAAGCCAACCAUUUCAGCUCCUAAAGAAAGAAUGGAACAUGUAGAAGCAACAGAAGUCUUUGAGGAACAAAAUGGUACCUUAAGCACUGAAAUGGGCAUUAAUAAUGGUUCAAGCCCUGCAUCCUGCUUUUCUGGAAGAAUAACCAGUGCCUCUAAUUCAGAACAAAAUGGAGACAAAUCUAAGAAUAACAUAAAAGGAUUUGCAAGUGCUGAGGAACUGUGUGAUAAAUCAGUCUUGACUGAAUACAGGUCUGCUACGGUAGAUGCAGAUGCUGCUUCAAAAUGUUUCACAGGACAGGUAACAGAAAAAUGUUCACCUAAAUACAUGAAUCCUACAGAAACACCAGAAAACCACGAAAGCUCAGAAACUCCCUUUGUGGAUCAUUGGAGUUUGAAUACAAGUGCUCUAGAUCCAAAAGAGAGUCCUGAAUCUGACUCUGGCAGUGCCACAACAUCCUCUGAUGAUAUAAAACCAAGAUCAGAAGACUAUGAUGCUGGAGGUUCUCAGGAUGAUGAAGGAUCAAAUGAAAGAGGGAUUUCUAAAUGUAGCACUAUGUUAUGCCAUGAUUUUCUUGGAAGAAGCAGCAGUGACACAAGUACACCUGAAGAACUAAAAAUCUAUGACAGCAGUCUAAGAAUAGAAGUGAAAAUGAAAAAGGAGGGUUCUGAUCUUUUUCGUGUUAAUUCAACAAGUGAUGAUGAAAUACCAAGAAAAAGACCUGAAAUGUGGUCACAUCAAGAAGGUGCAAGAGGAGGUAAUGCUAGGGAGAAUGAAAAUACCACUUUUGGAAAUGCACAGUUUACUCAGGAACCAGACCAAGUUUCCUCUUCUGCUGAUGAAACUGAAGAUGAAAGAUCUGAAGCAGAGAAUGUUGCAGGAAAUUUUCCUCAGUCAGAUCUUUCAACUGAGCAGUUCCAAGGCAUUGUUAAUUUAGCUUUUGAAGAUGCAACAGAAAAUGAUAUUGAAAGUCAAGAGUUUUCUACAAAUAAAAAUUUUAAGCGGUCUGUUUUACUUUCAGUAGAUGAAUGUGAAGAACUGGGAUCCGAUGAUGGAGAAACACACAAUCCUCUUCAGCAUUCUGUAGACUCUCUUACUCCUUCAGAGGUGUUUGACAGCACUUCUCAUGAGCAUCAUGGAAAGACCUUUUAUUCAAGAUACUCUUUAGAAAUUGAAGAUGGAUUCCUGGAGUGCAAACAGCAGAAUAAAGAUAGGAGCAGAGAAUUGGAUAGAAGUGAAAGCACUUGUUCAGAUCCUCAUGGCACUGUAAAUGUAAGAAAGGAGAAUCAGGGUGCUUCCAUGAUAGAACAAAAUUGCCCAGAGAAAGUAGUCUCAAUAGCAGAUGAUUCAUGUCCAAUCGAAAAGCAAAAAGGAAACGGUAAGAAUGAAGAGAUCAAUGAAUUUCAGCAGUGCAAUAAGCCUUCAGACAGCGACACAAAGUCUCAAGAAAGACCCUGUCAUUUGGACCUUCAUCAAAGAGAAAUUAUUUCUGACAUGCAAAAGAACAGCUCUGCAAAACCUAUAGAAUCCUCUAAGAAUCAGUUAUUGACUCAGGAAGGUCAAGUGAGAGAGAGUCAACCAGCAUCUACAGAAUACGCUAAUACUGAUUUAUCUGCAGGAGACAUAGAUGAUUGUGAGACAUUGGCACAAACCUGCAUAUAUGAGCAUCGUCCUUCAAAAACCCUUUCUCCAAUAUAUGAGAUGGAUGUUGGAGAAGCUAUUGAGCAGAGGAUGGAGUCAGAAACAGGAAUUCUAGAUGUGGAUUUUGAAGAUCAGCAAUUUGCAGAACAGGAUUGGACUCUUCUCAGGCAAUUAUUAUCUGAGCAGGACUCAAACAUCGAUUUCAAAAACUCUGUUCCUGAAGACCUUAAUUUAGCACAGUAUCUUAUUAAUCAGACACUGCUACUGGCACGAGAUGGUUCAGAACCUCAGGGUAAUUCAUACAUUGACACUUUCAGUAGAUGGACUGAACUUAUAUCUCCACUCGAUGAUUCUUCAGCAAGCAUCACAGUGGCAAGUUUUUCCUCUGAUGACUGUUCUUCCCCUCAAGGGGAAUGGACAAUUCUUGAACUAGAAACCCAUCAUUAAAGUGAUCAAAUGCUUGAAGCUGGACUCCAACCCCUGCCCCAAAUCUAUUUUUGAUGCAUUAUAUCUAUUCAGUAAUGAAAUACUGCAUCAGUAAAGAACAGACCAUUCUUGGUACUGAGGCAAUCUGUCCAAUAUCCUGAGGUAAAUGCAUUGAUCUAUAACCUAGAUUUAAUCACAAGUACAGUAAUUUUUCAAAGCUUAAAUGGCUGUUUUUCUAAAAUCAACUUUGAGUGUGUAUUUUCUAGAAUUCUUAGAAAAAUUAGAUGACUUGUAAGAAAAUCUUGGUUUAAAUGCCCUCUUUCUCCCUUUCUGUCAUUUAAUAUUCUUUUUUGAGCAAGAAUUUUAAUGUGACUGCACAAUAAGCAGAGCCAUUGCUUCCUUUUCUUCUUUCCAUGUGAUGACUUUUUUUCCCAACAAUAAAGUUUCAGAGUGGUUGUGUUGAAAGGUGUUGUGUGCCAACACUACUUUAAAUAAGAGACAUGUAUGUAUAAGUUGAAAACUUCUGCAAGAGAAGCUUGUUCUGUCAAGUUGUAUUUUUUUAUUUAGUUUGAAAUAACAUAAUUGUCUUUUUUAAUGUAAGACUUUAGGGGGCAAAUACUAUGGUAUGUUCCUUUCUUUGGAAUAUAAAUAUCUCCCCUUAAUUUAGUCAUUAUUAUUUUUUUUAAAUGGUAUGGUGCAUAAAUCAACUCCAGUUGAUUUAUAGCAAAGGUUAUGCUAAAAUAAAUCCAGUAUAAAGUAU